CAAUCCUUGAUUCACUGAACGAAGGUUUAUCUACGCGAAGCGUCGCUUUAAUACGAGCAAAUUAACGACCGUUUCUUUUUUUUUUGACACAAUUAAACAACAUGAGUAACGCUGAUAUCAAAAGCAAAUGUGAACAGCUCGCAGGAUUUUAUUGUGGUGACGUAGAUCCAACGGAUCUUUACUUAGAAUGUCUGAAAUUUGUCUAUUACGUUGAAGACGAAGUGAAAGAAAGACAGAAGAAAGAAUCAUCUCCUGAUGAAAAAGGCAGCAAGAAAACAUUGUUUGAGACUCUGUAUUCAAGAAUCAAAUCAAAUCGUCUAGAAUCAUCUUUCCCGAACAUCGAGAUUGCUCUUCGUAUAUUUUUGUCCAUGAUGGUAACCAACUGUAAAGGAGAGCGGUCCUUUUCAAAACUCAAGCGGAUCAAAAAUGAAAGCCGGGCAAGCACUACAGAGGACCGCCUCAAUAAUUUCAAUUUGAUGAGCAUCGAGUCCGAUCUACUUAACGAUAUUGAUUUCAAUGAUAUUAUCAGUGAUUUUGCUAGUAGAAAAUCUCGAUCUGUUCCAAUUUAA